GGCCGCCAUCUUUAGAGCGACGAGGAAAGGCGUACGCGGUGCCGGCGACUUGGCUCUCUACGGUGCGGGGACGACGACGCGUGCUUCGCACGUCCAGCAGGAGCCGGCGACCAAGAUGAGUGCGUCUGUAGACAAGAACUGUUGUUAGCCGACGGCUCCGUCGAAGGGAGCCGCUCGGAGGUGGAGAAGCAGUUUCGCGAAUCUAUAGCCUAUAAUUUAGUGUUUCACGCUCGAGUUUCACUCUUCCGACAGCGUCACCAAGCGAGAAACCCGUCGUGCCUGAGCGCUGUUGUGUCUAGGUGACGACGUACAACACGUCAACAGUGCCGGGCCCGAGGAGCCACUAGAGUUUUAACCAGCAGUCACCGUGACACGAAUGCUGUCACUGCGGCUGGUCUCCUGCCGGUUCCUCAAGCAACCAUAAGAAGGGGACUACUCGGGACGUUUCAGUGUUGCCAUGUAACUCACUCAUCCAUUGUGCUUCACCAAGUGUGUUGUGUUCCUGUGAUCCGUUUAUUCAUCACCUCGUCUUAGUAACAUCGUCAUACUGAACCUCAGGUGCAGUGGACGGCGGCUGCCAGGCUGGCCUGUUAGUUGGUACGUCACAGCUUGAGGAUGCGCAAACCCACUUUUUGCACAGACGUCACAGUUGCUGAAAUGACCUCAGCUAAUCAGAACAUAGAAGUGUGCGGGGAGAGCCGCAUGGAACGAGUGCGCAAGCUGCUAGGCUCACCGCUGGCCCGCCGCAAGUCUGGUACUUUGGCACUUCGCAUCUUUGGCGCACCCCUCGACUCCCUGGCACAACAUGGCUCAGUGCCAUUUGUGGUUGUUCGUCUGUGCCAGUACAUAGAAAACACGGGCAUGGGGCAGGAGGGCCUAUUUCGAGUGAGUGGCAAUGCCCGUUUGGUCGAGAAGCUACGCUGGAGCUUUGACCAGUCGGGCGACGCACCUCUGGAGGCUGAAGGGGAUGUGGCAGUAGCUGCUGCCCUGCUUAAGCUACUUUUCCGUGAGCUGCCCGAGCCUUUGGUGCCCACAGACAUGCAUCAAGCUUUCCUGGAUGCCAUCCAGGUCACUGUGCAUGAUAGAGAAGAGUGCACACGACGCCUCAAGUGUCUCGUGGAGCAGCUGCCACCGAGCAACUUUGCAGUGCUCAAGUACCUGUGUCAUUUCCUGAGCCGAGUGGCUGAGCUAGAGGAGCACACACGCAUGAACCCCAGUGCCCUCGGCAUUGUCUUUGGACCAAACCUCUUCAGGUUCAGUGAAGAUCUGCAGGGCUUGAAAGAGCAGGCUGUCACCAACCAGGUAGUGACAUACUUCAUUGACCACUACAAUUCCAUCUUCGAAGGCGAUGCAGAGCUCUCAUGUACAGCUGACGCUUCCAUGAACAUUCAAAGUGGCAGCAACAGUAGCAAAUGCAGCGGAAGGAUGAUGCAGCCUCUUACUGUUGUUAUUCCUCCGUUGGAUGAAGCCAUGUUGGCGCUGAAACAGGAUACGCUUAGUGCAGUGCCUACGCUCAUGAUUGACAGUUUGAUUGAUGACCGCUGCAACCAGGCCAUCAUGUACAGGGCAGCCAAAGAAGGAAGCUCAAGUGGAGCUGCCAUACCAGGUCGCAGCUGUAAGCGCAAGGAGCGCAGGAUCUCUGGCGAAGACACUCCGGCCCCACGGUCGAGCUCCGAGGAGAGGCCAGCCACUGGCCUCCGUGUGGAGCCUGAAUUGGCAUCUCGUCGGUGCAGCAGCCAUGAGGAAGUGACAACACUGGAAGCGGUGCACGGAUAUUCCUCUAUGGCAUCUGGAAGCAGUGGCCGAGCUGGGGCGCCUGGGGAUGACUCAAAUCGCGACUUGAGUCCACACCCACCGCAACCCAAGAGGCGUGAAAUUGAGACACCGUCCAGCCCCUGCCCAGAGAGCUCACAAGAGUGGCGCGAGGCCUGCCGGAAUGCAGAGCGGCCUAACCCGCUGCAUUUGCAAGAUGUUCGGUACCAGAGCACACGACCCAAGGCAGCUGAAGAGGGCUCUGCAGACCGCCCCAUGGCGGACAUUGAUCAGCCCUGUCAUCCGCCAUGUGAUGGGCGGGAGGCUAAUGGGGGCCCAGAGGAAGCAGAUGGCUCAGUACCGAACACCCCCAGCACUCUGAGCAAAGACAGCAUCCCACCGCUGGACCUCAACAGCUUCCGUGAGGAAGAACCUGUUCUGUCGGAACAUCGGUUUAGCUGGCCCAUGGUUCAGGCCCUCGUUGAUGAAGAGCCAGUAAUGCCAUAUCUCCAGAAAGCCAAUUCUUACGAGGCUCCACUGUCACCCAGUGCUUACAGGAGCUACCUGUCUCAUAGAAGCCUCCACCUGGAUCCAAACCUGCCUCCAUCUCCUCCUGUUGAGCAAGAUGAAUUCCUCAAAUCGAACUUUAAGGAUGAGGAAGCCAGCCAAACAACUGUAAAGCAACUGUCCAAGAGAGUUCAUUGGUUGAAGAAGAAAGUGAAGCAGUUUGAAGAAAAUUUUGAAAAAGAACAUGGAUAUAGGCCAUCUCAUGCAGAAAAGAUGAACCAUGCUGAAAUGAAGAGGACCUUGCUUGAGCUGAACAAGCUGCGAAAGGAUUUGAAGAAUGUAAAGGAGGAGAAUAGCCUUCCGGAGCCUGCCUACCUGAGCUUUUCAACAUGGGGCCGGGACUCACUCAGAGGUCUGUGUGAUAUGGACGAUGGCUCAGCCAAGCCGACGCAAGUGAUGGAGAGAGCACUGAAUGAUACCCUGAUGUCCCUGGCUGAAAAGCGCAGGGCUGCUCAGCGUCCGGACAGUGUGGAUGACAUGACACGUGAGCAAGUGCUGGAGGAGAAGCUGGCAUUGCAGAAGGCGCUGCUGCGAUUUGAGAGUGUGCACGGCCGGCCCUCACGAAGGGCUGAUCGCAACCUGAUGCGGCCGUUAUAUGACCGGUACCGAAGUGUCAAGCGCCUGGUGGGCAGGAACCCCCUGGCCAAGGGCAAGGACUCUGAGCUGCAGCCCAUCCUGGAGCACGUUGCCAUGAACUUCACUUCCCCACAGCCCCGGUCCCCGCCCCAGGAGCUCGAAGAAGUUGUAGAUGAUGUGACUCCCAUUUCCGCGAUGGCACAAAGUGAGGCAAUCAGUGAUGUGGAAGAGCCGGUCACAAGCAAAAAAGAAGUGGUUGAGCAGGUGCCCAUGGUGCUGGACAAGUGCAGCGAUUCCAAUCUGCAUGAGCUUCCUCUGGCGGAGCUGCUUCAACAGCAGCAGCAGUCUAAACUUGAAAAGCGCCGGCUUCGGAAGUUGCUGAGAGAAUUUGAAGAGGAAUUCCAGAAGCAAACCGGAAG